AUGUCGAUCACCGACACAGCUUUCACUUACGUGGUGAACCACAUUUUCCUUCCCCCCAAGCUCCCUGGAGGAGAUGAUUGGGAAGCCACUCUUAGUAUGGCAAUGCAGUCAACUAUGGGAGCGUGCAUUGAGAAGUUUGAGAAGUACGUUGCACUUGGAAGUCGUGCGUUGGUACAAUCUGCGGCCUCGAUGAUUCGACGCAUGGCCCAAGCCCAGGAUGAGAAUGGUUAUGUACACUGUGAUAAGCUCGAGCAGGCCCUUGGCGAGAUAGGCAAAAAGGCGUCGUUGCUCAUGGAGGGUCUUCUUCACCAAGACCUGGCCAGCGACAUCAUCGAAACCAUGCGGUCGAAGGUCGCUCGACGUAAACACAAACUACUAUCGGCUUUCCAGGGUCAAGUGGAUAAAAAAGUAAUUUCAUUCGCAGACAAGGUUAUGACUGACGCCGCUCGAGAGUUGGUUAACCGCCAGUGCCAUCUUGUCGCAAACGAAAGCCCCGAUAACAACCUGCGUUGCCUUGAGUCGGUCAAUUUUGUCAGUGACACGGUUCACAGGUUGAAGAAACUUGACGACUUUAUCAACUCCAUAUCAGGCCGGACUUUGAGCCAGCGAAGAGCGUCUUUCUGCCCGCCAACUUGUAUUCAUCGACAAAGCCCCAUAUGA